UAGUUUAAUAUUUCGUGGUGUCAAUUUCGUACAGUAUCACAAUGAAAAGAAUACCAUUCUUGCUUCAAUUAGGGCUUGUGCUCGUCUUCGGAUUUGCCGUCAAAGAGGCAGAAUGCUAUAAGAUUCUUAUGGUAUUUCCUAGCUUUGGUCAAUCCCACGUUAUUGUAGCUUCUGGAUUACUGAAAGGAUUAGCCAAGAAGGGUCAUGAAGUGACCAUGGUUAGUUGUUAUCCUCUAUCGAAACCUAUGAAGAACUAUCGAGACGUGGUAAUACCAAUGGAAAAUAUUGAUAAAGACGCAAUGAUGUCAGACAUGGUGAAAAAUCCAGGAAAUCAGAUGGAACAUUUUAAGAAAAUGCCACAAAUCCUGCAAGCGUUCUACGAUGUGUCGAAUUCUACCAUGUCAAAUCCUCAAUUCAGAAAGAUAAUGGAAGAGGAAACCUUUGAUCUGGUCAUUGUGGGCAUCUUUGCCAAUUUAUUCUUCUCCGGCCUUGCAUAUCACUUCAAUUGUCCUCUGGUUGUCAUGACACAAGUUCAGACGAUGCAUUUGACUUCUCAAUUGGUAGGAACUCCCUUAAGUCCUGCGGAAACAGCCCAUGCGACCCUUGGAUAUCGCGAGCCUAUGACAUUUGGUCAACGAGUGAAAAACUUCAUAGUAUGCGGAGUGGAUAUAUUGAUAGGCAAAUACUUUCGCUACAAGGAUAGAAUUUACUAUGAUUCCAACUUCCCAGCUGACAAGUAUCCCAGCUUCGAUGAAACCCUCAAGAAUGUAUCUCUCGUCUUAAUUAAUCAUCACUUUAGUCAAGGUGCUGUUCGACCCUAUGCUCCUGGCAUGGUGGAAAUCGGAGGAAUUCAUAUUGAUGAGAAAACUGAUCCUUUGCCAAAGAAUAUCCAAGAAUUUCUGGAUUCUGCAAAUGAUGGAGCAAUAUUUUUUGCUUUUGGUUCUAAUGUGAAAAGCUCUAUUUUGCCCCAAGAAAAAAUAGAUGCAAUUCUAAGGACAUUCGGACGUUUGAAAGAGAAGGUCUUGUUCAAGUGGGAAAAUGACAAUCUUCCCAACAAACCUGACAACAUGAUGAUCGGGAAGUGGAUGCCACAGAGAGAUAUCUUGGCUCACAAAAAUAUAAAACUCUUUGUGAGUCAUGGAGGAAUGGGAAGCUUAGCUGAAGCCAAAUACAGAGGUGUUCCUGUUGUUGGAGUGCCUUUCUUCGGCGAUCAAAUGGGAAAUGUGGCUGCUGCUGCUGAAGAAGGAUGGGCGUAUCAAUUGAACUUUGAGGAUCUUACAGAAGAAUCUUUCUUGGCUGCUGUUAAAGAAGUUCUGAGCAACGAAGGGUACAAAACAGUGGCUGAAUCUAAUGCGUUGCUCUACAAGGAUCGUCCAAUGUCUGCACUCGAAACGGCCAAUUUCUGGAUAGAAUACGUGAUCAGACAUAAAGGCGCUCGUCAUAUGCAAUCGCAUGCAGUUCAUUUGAAUUUCUGGCAGAUUAACUCAAUCGACGUGAUCGCAUUUUUACUACUUAUUGUUCUUGUAAUUUUCAAAGUUUUUAUUUUAACAGCAAAAUGUUGCUGUCGUCGCGUGAAAAAGAAAUUGUUCAGUGAGAAACAGAAGAAAUUACUUGGAACUUGCAAAUCAUCCAAAUUGCGCCAAAUCGGUGGCGACUUGGCUCAGACAACUCAAGUUCGAGGUAAUAAGAAGCAGGUAUCAGCAUCGCGUAAAUACACUCUGAUUGAUCAGCGAGACUCACAACACAACAGUAUUUUCCGGGCAGUCUUUCAGAACAGUUCGCAACUAAUUUUUGCCCAAAUUCAUUACGAAGGUCGAAUGAUUCGAAUUAUUGUUGUUCUCUGCACGUUUUUGGCCUUCUUGGCGACACAAAGCCAUGGAGCCAAGAUUCUGUUGGCGUUUCCCACUCCUAGCAAAUCACACAUGAUCGUCGCGUCGUCUCUUAUGAAGGGUCUUGCUGCGAAAGGUCAUAAGGUGACUGUUAUGAGUUCUUUUCCCGAGGAAAAACCAUUGGAUAAUUACCGAGAUAUUGUGGUUAAAGGAGACGAUGCAAUCAAAGAAUACAUGAAAGACGUUGCCAAAGAUGGGGGCUCCUCUACCGCCUUCUUCGCACGCUUCACAGAAAUCAUCGAUAAGAGUCUCGCGUCGGCGAAUCAGAGCUUCAAUGAAGAGGUGUGGCAGAAAGUGAUGCGGGAGGAAUCAUUUGAUCUCGUGGUCUACGGAAUGUUCUUCAACAACUUCGUUAUCGGCCUGGGAGAUCACUUCAAGUGUCCAGUUAUUGGGAUCUUCUCUGGCGGCGUCACCGAAAUGAUGAAUCAAAUUAGUGGGAAUCCCUCAGCCGUUGCAUCAGUGCCCCACUUGUUCUUUGGGAAAGUCCCCGAGAUGACAUUCAUGAUUCGUCUGAAGACAUUCCUCUUCAAUGGCGUCGAGAGACUUCUAUGGCACUAUGUUAAUUACAAGGAGAAGCAAUACUACGACUACAACUUCCCCAGCUCAAAGUACAAGAGUUAUGAGGAGAUGCAGAAAAAUAUUACACUUUUCUUUGCCAAUGAUCACUUUAGUGCGGGCACUCCUCGCCCAACUGUUCCUGGAGUGAUUGAAGUUGGAGGACUUCAUCUGAAGAGUAAACCCGAUCCACUUCCACCGAAAAUACAAGAGUUUCUUGAUGGCGCUGAACAUGGCGUGGUCUUCUUCAGUCUUGGCUCUAAUGUGAAGAGCAGUUUCCUUGCUCCUGAGAAGCUAGAUGCUAUCUUGAAGACCUUUGCGAAGCUGAAGCAAAGAGUCUUGUUCAAAUGGGAAACUGACAGUCUUCCUAACCAGCCCAAGAAUGUCAUGACUCAGAAAUGGAUGCCUCAAGCCGAUAUCUUGGCCCACAAGAAUGUUAAAGUCUUUGUAUCCCAUGCAGGACUUGGUGGAAUCACCGAGGCCAAGUAUCACGGAGUUCCUAUUGUCGGAAUACCCUUCUUCGCCGAUCAAAUGACAAAUAUUGCUACAGCUGAGCGCGAAGGCUGGGCUGUUACUGUUGAGCUCAAGAGUUUAUCAGAGGAGACAUUCACUAAAGCUAUUUCAGAAGUUGUGAACAACCCCAAAUACAGAAACACCGUUCAGGGCAUUUCCAGCCUCUUCCGUGAUCGCCCAAUGACCGCAAUGGAGACUGCAGUUUUCUGGGCAGAAUACGUGAUAAGACAUCGCGGAGCUCCUCACAUGCAAAGUCAUGCCGUCCAUCUAAACUUCAUUCAGCGGAACUCCAUCGAUGUCAUAGCUUUUCUUGCCAUUGUGAUAACGAUUCUCUUCACAUCCGUCGCGUAUUGCUGCUGCUUCUGCUGUCGCAAACUGACCAAAUCCACAGGAUCGGCUCCACGGAAGUCUAAGAAGAAGUCAAAGGCUGAGUAAAUAAUGCAAUCCACACAUUUUCCAUGUACGUGAAGUAAAUAGAAAUCAAACAGGUUAA